AUGAUUAUCGCUAGACAACCCCAAAGAGACACAUCGACAUCGGAACUCUUAUCACAUAUACAUCAAAACUUGCCACCGACACCUACACCAACUGAAGUCACAUCAUCAACAACUAUUGCUGCAGCCACAGCUGCAGCCGCUGCAGCAGCAGAAGCUUGUUUUUACUAUGAUUCUCGCUACCCACGUCGGUUCAAUGAAGUUUCCUCAACAUCUCCUGCAAGCUCAACAAGUGGGACCGCAUUUAAUGGUCGUUCUUACGAUGGAUAUCGCUACAAUGCUUGCUCCUUAUCAGCCACGAACUCCAAGACUACGUACUGUUUCAACACCAGAUUUUCCAAUGCCUAUCAAAGCAUAUCGGGGUAUCUAUCAACGCGAUCGUUUUCACGAAGAUGUUCCUCCUUAUGCAUAUCCAGACCCAGUUGCUCCGGACAUGUUUCCACGAGUUCAGUUUGGGGAUACUCUGAACCUCAAUGCCUUCGAGGUCCAGCUUCAUCGACAACAACAGCAUCGCAUCCAAAUGCUGCUGUUCCAGCACAUGAAAAUAAUAAUAUACCACCAGAACCAACAGCAGCACCCUCAGCUCCUCAGUUGCCACCUGAAUCAACUUUUGAAAUAAGUUCUGAACAACAACAGCAACAACCACCACCACCACCGCGACGUGCAAACAUUUGCUCACCGCCAGCUGCACAUUCAACAGAGAGUACCAAUUAUCCGCCAUAUUUUGUGCGUGAUGUAAGUCAAAUGCGAGUACAGCGCCGUUAUCCAACAUUUAGUGCAGGAACAACACAUCAUCGACCUCAUCAAGUAGGAGCUCCACCACCCUAUCUUGUUCAUCAUAAUCUUUGGUGUCGCCAACAAACCAUGCAAGAAAUACAUCGCCGACACCUGACUCCAACUCCGAUAGAUUUAUCAUCGAAUCGGAGUUUGCCUAGUUAUCGAUCUCGACAGAUUCAAAAUAUAUGUCCAUGUGUUCACAGUAGAACAGGGCCGGUUCCGGCAUAUCAAAUGGUCAGUUUGUCAAUUUCAUUUGAACCCCCACCGACAACACAACCCAGAUAAAGGCAUGUACCUGCUGUACAUCAUCAUGAUUCAUCAUUAUACUUUGCCUACACCUGUACGUUUGGAAAUCGAUUUGAGAGCACCAUUGAUAAGCUUAAGAUCAAUCGAAGAUAUCGGAUCUAGAAUUGUAUUUGGUCCAACUACAAUACGAAUCCCCGACGAUCGGGAUUGCGUUUUAAAAGUGUGGACACCAGAACUACGUGAAAUGUGUAUUUGAAAUCCAUCACUUGUACCCUACGGCGAUCGACUACUUGGCAAGAGGGUUCGUGACUCAAUAUCUUAUAGAAUAGGAAAACCUUUGGUUAAAGUUUAUUAAAUGUAAUUUAUUCAAUUUAAAGUUUGUUUGGUUUUAUAAACGAAAUUUAAGGAUUACUUGUUGAUUCCAACUUUGUUGAAGAGCUUGUCCUUGGCUAUUUGCGCCAUGAGACCGUGAAUCAGUUCAAUAAAGGCACAACUGGAAUCUCUAGUUGCUUUAGUUGGUUUAUUUUCUGUUCGCUUUUCAUUUAUAUCACCACCUGAAAACAGAUUAAGAGCGAGGUUAGAGAAGCAAAGGAAAAAAAUAAUAAAAAUGAUUUUUAUUUUUAAGCGGAGUGAUUGAAUAUAAUUCAAUUAAAAAGUUCAAGUGACCUCAAACCUCAACUCUAUAUUAGGGCUGUAAAAGUAACGACAAAAUGAGU